AUGCUAGAGGAGAAGAAGGAAUUCAAGAAGCUGAUCAUGGGGGGCGUGAUCGAGAAUGAAGAUGGACUGCGUGAGGAGGAGAACUUUGAUGAAGCUGUUAAGGCAGUUAACACGGCUUUAAUGCCGGACGAAAUCCCGAGCCGCAUACAGGAAAUCUUCAAGGAUCAGACGCUGCUAUCGCUCGCGCGCUUGCUGUGGGACGCCGAGGUGCCGCUGCUCGUCGCCGACUCCUACGGCUUCCUUGGAUACAUGCGGCUCGUCGUUAAGGAGCACGCCGUCAUCGAGUCGCAUCCGGACAGCGCGAUCCCCGACCUGCGGCUGCUGAAGCCCUUCCCGGAGCUCGAGGAGUACGCGGACUUGAUGGAUCUGGGCGCGAUGACGAAGAAGGAUCACAGCCACACGCCGUAUAUAAUAAUAUUAUUAAAGUACUUGGAUCAGUGGAAAUCAGAACAUGGAGGGGAGGUACCACACACGUACCAGGAGAAGAAAGGAAUUCAAGAAAGCUGAUCAUGGGGG